AUGGUGUCCUGUUCCCCAGAUAUCCAGUGGUUUAUCAUUAGAGACUGUUCCAGUUUUCUUGUCAAAGGGAAUCGUACAGUUUUCACAAAGGAACCAAACAACCUAACAAACAAGAAUUCAUUCCGAUACAAUGGUCUUAUUCACAAGAAGACUGUUGGUGUUGAACCAGCUGAAGAUGGGAAGGGUGUUGUCCUUGCUGCUUUGCGUAGAACUAGUGCCAUUCUGAAGAGUCAGAAGCCUGUCACUGCUGUCAAGAAGAGGACACGUACUAAGCGAGAAUAA